CUGCGUCGGAUAUUAGUGGUGUUCAGCCUGAAGUGAAUCCCGGAAGCGGAAAUACGCCAAUUUGCAAAAUGGCUGACAAUUCAACAUCGGAAAAUUCUGGAAAGAAAAUAACGGUUACAGUUAAAACCCCUAAAGAAAAACAAGCAAUUGAAAUUGAUCAAGAUGCUUCGAUUCAACAGUUGAGGGAUCUAGUGGCACAGAAGUUUUCUGCUCCAAUUGAACAGUUAUGUUUGAUAUUUGCUGGAAAGAUACUGAAAGAUGAUGAGACACUUGUUCAACAUUCCAUUAAAGACGGGAUGACUGUUCAUCUAGUAAUUAAAUCAGCAAACCGGACUGCUGCAGCAUCAAGUUCUGCUCCAGUUUCAGACUCUACGGGCACAACACCAUCACUACCUACAAGCACUGCUCCAGCUCCAGAUGUGAGUGCAUCACCGUUUGGUCUAGGCAGUUUAGGAGGUCUGGCAGGUUUAGGCAAUAUAGGUAUGGGCUCAGCCAACUUUAUGGAAAUGCAGCAACGUAUGCAACAACAGGUAAUGCAGAAUCCAGAGAUGUUGAGACAGAUGAUGGACAACCCGGUUGUACUGCAGAUGAUGUCUAACCCUGAUGUAAUGAGGCAAUUAAUGAUGGCCAACCCACAGAUGAGAGAAGUCAUGGAGAGAAAUCCAGAAAUCACACAUAUGUUGAACAAUCCAGAACUUAUGAGACAGACAUUAGAUUUGGCAAGAAAUCCAGCCAUGUUACAAGAGUUAAUGAGAUCACAAGAUAGAGCAAUGAGUAAUUUAGAGAGUAUACCUGGUGGUUUUAAUGCAUUACAACGUAUGUAUACUGAUAUACAAGAGCCGAUGAUGAAUGCUGCACAGGAAGGCUUUGGAUCAAACCCAUUUGCUGGAUUGGUUAGCCAAAAUGGUGGUCAAGAGAUGGCAGGGCGUGAGAACACGGAUCCAUUACCAAACCCGUGGGCAUCACAAACCACAUCUACCGGGACCUCCUCAACAACAACAACAAACUCGACAGCUUCAUCUGGUCAGACUGGAAUGUUUAACACCCCCGGUAUGUCUAGUUUAAUGGCACAGAUGUCAUCUAAUCCACAAUUAAUGCAGAAUAUGUUACAAGCCCCAUAUAUGCAGUCAAUGUUGGAAUCUAUGUCUGCUAAUCCAGAACUAGCUAAUCAGAUUUUAGGAAGUAACCCAAUGUUUGCCAAUAAUCCACAACUUCGUGAACAGUUUCAAAGGAAUUUACCACAGAUGAUGCAACAAAUGCAGGACCCAACAGUUCAGUCAAUGUUAACUAACCCUCGAGCACUACAGGCAAUGCAACAAGUCAUGUCCGGAAUGCAAACAUUAAAUUCAGAAGCUCCUGGUCUCUUUCCAGGCAUGGGAAUGGGUGCUAAUUUUAGCUUGCCACCAGGAAUGGGUGGUGCAAGCACUACAACCCCAACAACCUCAACCACCACAGCAUCUCCAACAAGUCAGAGCUCCACUUCUACCACAACCGGCACCACAACAACACCAUCUGUGGGUUCAGAUCCAACCACUAAUCCACAGACACCUGGUGGUCAUGAUCCUUUUACAAACAUGAUGUCACAAAUGAUGAAUAUGAUGUCACAAGGCACUGCUAAUCAGCCGCCUGAACAGAGAUUUGCCACACAAUUAGACCAGCUUGCAAUGAUGGGUUUUGUGGACAGAGAAGCAAAUAUAAGAGCAUUACUUGCAACAUUUGGAGAUGUGAAUCAAGCCAUAGAAAGGUUGUUACAGCAAAGAUGAUGUUAAUAAUCAGACAGUGUUCAAAUUUAUUCAGAUUUUUUGUUCUCUAUCAUGAAAAAUAUGGAAUUUGUUGUAAUGAUUUUUUUUUUCUUCUUGGUAACUUAAUUAUUAUUUUUUUAUUAGCUGAAUCAGUGGUGAAAACCUUUGGUUUUUGCAAGAUAUCAAAACGCUGCUCGUAGCAAAAUACAAAGCUGCAGUCUACAACAUAAUUUUCUGUAUGUAUAACUGAUUGGGAAAAGUUAUGUCAUAAUGAAAUCAGAAUGAAAAUGAAAAUACAGAAUGAAAUCUUUUGAUUUGAUUCUUGCACUGCAUCUCCAAAAUGAUGAACAAAGCUAAACCUACCUACAGAUUGGAUACAAGACAAAUACAUGUAUAUGUGAGAAAGCAGUACACAUAAUUUGUUAACACAUACUGGAUGCAUUCUAGAUAAAGUACACUGGCAUCAAAACCACUAUGAUUAAACACAAUGAAUGAAAUACUGGUUUCAUCAGUCUUUAUAUGACUUGUUAUUUGUGUGCUGAAAAAUAAAUUGUUAAUAAGGUGUCAAUGGUUGAAUGGUUAAAGUUGUUGACUUAAAAAAGGUCCUGACAAUGCAGUGAAUAAUAAAAUUCUUGUGGGCAUUGCUUAGGAACACUGAAGAAAAUUUGCAUAAUUUUUUUUUUAACUGAUUCUGUGAAAAUAUUUGAAUCUCUAACAGAUAUUUUUCCAUUGAAAUAUCCAUAGUGUUGUGUGGACCUUUUAAGCAGUCAUUCUAAUGUGAUUUUUACAAUUUUUAGCUCGACUAUUCGAAGAAUAUGAGAGCUAUUGUAGUCGCGUCGGCGUCCGUGUCGGCGUCUGCGUUGGUUAAAGUUUUUUGUAAAGUCAAAUAUCUCAAUUAUUACUUGAGAUAUUCAAUUGAAACUUACAAUACUUAUUUAUAGUAACAAGGUACAUCAGAUUGACAAGUUAGAUAACUCUGCCUACAAUAUUGACAGAAUUAUGCCCCUUUUUAACUUAGAAAUUUUGGUUAAAGUUUUUUGUAAAGUCAAAUAUCUCAAUCAUUACUUAAGAUAUUCAAUUGAAACUUACAAUACUUAUUUAUAGUAACAAGGUACAUCAGAUUGACAAGUUGGAUAACUCUGCCUACAAUAUUGACAGAAUUAUGCCCCUUUUUAACUUAGAAAUUUUGGUUAAAGUUUUUUGUAAAGUCAAAUAUCUCAAUAAUUACUUGAGAUAUUCAAUUGAAACUUACAAUACUUAUUUAUAGUAACAAGGUACAUCAGAUUGACAAGUUAGAUAACUCUGCCUACAAUAUUGACAGAAUUAUGCCCCUUUUUAACUUAGAAAUUUUGGUUAAAGUUUUUUGUAAAGUCAAAUAUCUCAAUUAUUGCUUGAGAUAUUCAAUUGAAACUUACAAUACUUAUUUAUAGUAACAAGGUACAUCAGAUUGAUAAGUUGGAUAACUCUGUCUAUAAUAUUGACAGAAUUAUGCCCCUUUGGAACUUAGAAAUUUUGGUUAAAGUUUUUUUGUAAAGUCAAAUAUUUAAUUAUUGCUUGAGAUAUUCAAUUGAAAUUUAGUAACAAUGUACAUCAGUUUGCAAAAUUGCAUAACUCUGCCUGCAAAAUUUUAAGUAUUAUUUGCCCUUUUGAAACUUAGAAAUUUUGGUUAAAGGUCUUCAAAGACAGCGUUUUUUUUCUCUACUUUGGGAAUGGUGAUGGUACCAGACUGAUUGGGAAAAAAUGCGUUAUUUUGACUAAAAUUGGGAAUUUUUUUAAUGCAUUUUUUCAGCUACAAAUGAGAUUAGACAUCAUGAAUAAAGAUAGCUAACAGCUUCUACUGUCUAGAUAGAACUAUUGAGUGGUGAUUUAUAUGAAUAUGUUGGAUUUAAAUGAUUUUAGAAAAAUCACUUUGCCUUGUGGGCAUUUUGAACAGUCAUUUUGGGAAUUUAACAUUGGAAAUUGGGAAUUUUAAUGUCUAUUUUCUAUUGGGAAUGGUACCGUUUUAGGGUAGUAGUUAUAUAAAGAAAAAAAAAACACUGAAAGAUAUUUACUUGAAACUUUACACAUGCACUUAGGGUCAUAAUUGGAGGGUCAUAAUUGUAUGUCACUGACCAAGUUCCAUAACUCUAUCUUGCAUUAAGGCUGAUUCAUAUCCCCUUUUCUACUUAGUCUCUUGGUUAAUGUUUACAUGCAAGUUUUACAUAUCAAAAUAACUAUUAAAGAUAUUUAUUUAUUACAUGCUUUUCGGUGGUUUAUAGAAAUAUAUCAGUGAUAUAAAACUGGUAAUUUCACUGUUUGAAACAGUGAAAUUACCACUUUUAUAAUUUCACUGUUUUGAAUUUAAGCCCCUUACGUUGUUUCAGUGAAAUACCAGCGUGCACAGAACUUGGUACCAACUUAAUGACGUGACGUCGUAAAUGACGUCACGUUGUAUUAUUAUUUGGCGCGCUUUUAAUUCAGUAUUAGGUUUAAUGUCUUUUUAAAACGUUUCUUUGCAUACAAUAAAAAGAAAAUUUGUUUAGUUCAGUGUAAGAUCGAAAUAUAUUUCACCUUGUGAACACCAAAAGUUCAUAUUUCACUCGUGGCUGCGCCACUCGUGAAAUAUACCUUUUGGUGCUCACUCGGUGAAAUAUAUUCCGAUCUUACACUGAACUAAACAAAUAUCCUCUAUUUAAACCUUCACAUAUGCAUUAAGGGUCAUAAUUGUCGGUCACUGACAAAGAUCCAUAAUUCUAUCUUGCAUUUAGGCUGAUUUUUCUCCCCUUUUUCAACUUAGAAAUUCAUGGUAAAGUUUUGCUUGUAAGCUGUUAUCUCAAUUACAACUGAAGGGUUUGUGCCUUUUUUUUUGGACAAUUUUAUGCAUUCAUAAUAAUAAAGCAGUGAUUUACUUGAUAAAACAUCUUAAUUAGAAGCCUUUGUACCUUUUCUGUCAAAUUUAUGUAUUCAUAGGUAAUUAGUAUUAUUAUACUCAAUAAAACAACCUUGUGACAUAACCUUCCGAAUAGUCAAGCCAAUACUGUAUAAUAAGACUCUCUCUUAAGGCCUAUAACAUGAAUUUAUUUUAAAAAAAAUUAGACCUUUUGUGAUCUUAAAAAAUUUAACAUUAUCAAGGCUCUUUUACUAUCAAGCACUUAGAAUAGUCGAGCGUGCUGUCCUACCGACAGCUCUUGUUUAUUUUAACAAUUGACAUUGUGUAGUAAAUUCAUCAUGUGUAUGGUAUUAACUAGUAUAUGAUUAUUGCUAAUUACUAAAUUUAUGUUGGUUUAGAGAUAUCAAUAUUCAAUUCUCUACAGGGUAUAAAUGUGUUUCUUGUCAUUCUUGAUAAAUGGAUAAAAAAAGAUUAAACAUGUAGUUUCAAAAGAACGCAAAUUAAUUGAUUGCAUGUACAGCUGAUAACAAGAUGUUAAUUAUGCCCCCCCCCCUUUGAAGAAGAGGGGGUAUAUUGUUUUGCUAAUGUCCGUCUGUCCAUCGGUAGACCAUAUGGUUUUCGCUGAUUAUUUUGAAAACUAUAUAUCACAAAGUCUUCAUAUUUCACAUAGUGAAUGGUCAUAACUAGAAGAUGACCCCUAUUGAUUUUGGGGUCAAAGGUCAAGGUCACAGGGGCCUUAAAUGUCAGAAUGGUUUCCGCUGAUUGUCUUGAAAAGUAUUCAUCACAAAGUCGUCAUAUUUCACAUAGUGAUUGUAGAUGUCCCCUAUUGAUUUUGGAUCACUAGUUCAAAGGGCAAGGUCACAGGGGCCUUAAAUGUCAGAAUGGUUUCCACUCAUUAUCUUGAAAACUAUUUAUCACAAAAUCUUCAUUAUUUUUCUUUUUUCCUUAAUUCCAAGUUUCUAUAACAAAAUUACCAAUAAUGUGAGUCAAAGGCUAGGAAGGGGGCAUAUGUGUCGUUAGACAUUUCUUGUUAUGUUUGGUGUCUACUGAAGGAUCACUAAGAAACCAAUGUAGAUAUUACAAUAUAAGAAAGGGGGAUAUUAUGUAACAUUAGUAGAGCUAGUUUGGGAUCACACUGGUUAUGUUAACAGUGGGUUUCAGGGUUGGUACCAUUAACCACAACCAUAAUUAACCACAACCCAUCUCUACAUAUAUCAUUAAAGCAGCUGGGUUGGAUGAACUUUGUUAAGUAGAUUGUCAUAAACCAAAUUGUCACAGAAAGUUGUCUUGCCCACAACUCAAAUUUGAGAACGAAAGGUACAUAGUCUUAGGACUUAGUUUCCCAACAAAGUAUAUGAAAAUAAUGUAUUAUACGUUGUAACUAAGCCAGGACUGAUAGGCCAGUUUUAAUUACUCAUCAAUGUUAUCUUUCCGUGAUUUAAAAUGUGUGUAAACUGAUGAAACCAUAUCUUUCAGUUAUCUCUCUUUAUCGAAAACUCAAUUUCCGGAGAAUCUCCCUUUGUGAAUCAAAAUUCCUACAUGUAUGCACAGUAAAAUACUACAUCUGCAACUUUUCAAGUCCCUUAAAGACAUGAUUUGAUAAGGAACUGUUUUCGAUAAAUUAAGUAGUGGUUUUCUGAAUGAAGCAACAUAAUGCAUAGAGUUAUCUUCCUUUAUCACUAAAAUGCUUAUUUGUAUUAAAUGUAAUGUUAACCCGCUUAUGAUGUGCAAUUUUCAUGUAAAGUUUGUGUGUAUCAAUUGCCUGAUUUUUAUGUUUAGAUUCUUUGUAAACAUUUUUUAGCUCGACUAUAAGCAAAAUAAUCGAGCUAAUGCAGUCACAGUCGGCGUCCCUGUGGUUAAGUUUUUGCGUGUAAGUUGGUAUCUCCAUAACUACUGUAGGGAAUGGAUUGAAACUUCACACACUUGUUCUCGGUGAUUAUCUAAGAUUAUUGGCACACGUCCCAUUACUCUGAUUUGUUUUUUUUACAUAAUUAUGCCCCUUUUUCGACUUAGAAAUUCUUGGUUAAGUUUUUGCGUGUAAGCUGGUAUCUCCAUAACUACUGAAGGGAAUGGAUUGAAACUUCACACACAUGUUCUCUGUGAUUAUCAAAGAUAAAUGGCACAAGUCCCAUAACUCUGUUUGCUUUUUUGCAUAAUUAUGCCCCUUUUUUGACUUAGAAAUUCUUGGUUAAGUUUUUGCUUGUAAGCUGGUAUCUCCAUAACUACUGAAGGGAAUGGAUUGAAACUUCACACACAUGUUCUCUGUGAUUAUCAAAGAUAAAUGGCACAAGUCCCAUAACUCUGUUUGCUUUUUUGCAUAAUUAUGCCCCUUUUUUGACUUAGAAAUUCUUGGUUAAGUUUUUGCUUGUAAGCUGGUAUCUCCAUAACUACUGAAGGGAAUGGAUUGAAACUUCACACACUUGUUUUCUGUGAUAUCUAAGAUGAUUGGCACAAGUCCCAUAACUCUGAUCUACUUUUUUGCAUAAUUAUGCCCCUUUUCGACUUGGUAAAUUUUUGCUUGUAAGCUGGUAUCUCCAUAACUACUGAAGGGUUUGUACCUCUUCGAACAAUUUUAUGUAUUCAUAUAGGUAAGCAUUAUUAUACUCAAUGACAACUUUUCGAAUAGUCGAGCGUUACUGUCCUCCGACAGUACUUGUUCUUCAGAUCUUCGCUGCUUUUUUUUAAGGAAGAUUUUUACUUCUGUCUGAAAUCUUAAUGUUGUUACAAAAACAUUUUUCAUAUAUAUAUAGUAUUGAGAAAAAUAUAUGUACAUUUAAAGAUGAGUAAACUCUGUGUUGAAACAUCA